AUGACCUCUUCAAUCCUUGAAAUAAUGGAUAACUGGGGAUUGGCAAGUUCUGGCCUUGAAAUGCAAAAAGUCUCCUCCACAAAACUUUUUCUCUUUUCUUUAUUCUCUAACGAGGCGUCUUUCGUACCUCCUUCCACACCUCUUUCCAUUCUGCGCCAGGAACCUCGCCAGACACUACCGCUGUUGGGCUGGGCCGUUGCGCCGCGUUCUUUUCGGGAAACGCCAUAUGUCCCACUGCACCACAUGAACAGCAGUAGGGACGACGUCCUUCUACAACCACGGGCAUCAUCCUCUUCCGCGGUCUCCAAGUUGACUCUCGAAGCUGUCCAGGAGGUGAGAAAAAUUAUCUCUCCGCCGAAAGACAAGCCAUAUUACAAGUUAAAAGAGGAACUUGUUCGCAGGACGUCUAUGUCACGGCAAAAGAAAUUGUCACAGCUUUUGCAUGAAGAACAAUUGGGAGACAGCAAGCCGAGCAUCGAGCUGGAGAAGCAUUUGCCCUCUGUGUAUCACGCUGUUUUAGUUGCGGUAGGUGAAGAUGCACCCGUCGAAAAGCUGGCUAAAAUAGCAGAUAAUGUAGCUGACUUAACUUCGAGAUGCACUGCUCCCGUUUCUGCCGUACAGACGCAAGAACCAGAUCCGCUGGCUAGACUCUUGGAGGGACAACGAAGCCCCCCCCUGCUCCUUCAAUUCGCAACAGGGAAAAGCCUAGGCUGGCGACCGGAGGCGACUCGGUGCGCCGGCGUGGGAGAGGUUUGUCGUUUACUAUUUGUUUCGGACCGCACUACUGGUAUACGUUUUCUUGUGGACAGUGGUGCACAAAUAUCUUUAAGCCCUGCCACAAGGACAGACAUGUUAAAAGGUCCUCACAAACUUACAUUGCAGGCCGUGAAUAAGUCGCUCAUCCAGACUUAUGGUCAGAGGUGCCUUACAUUGAAUUUGGGUCUGAGACGGGUUUUCACCCAUUUCUUUGUCCUUGCGGAUGUAGAGAAGGCCAUAUUGGGUGCAGAUUUUUUACACAAAUUUGUUCUUCUCAUUGAUGUUCACAGACGUUGUCUGACAGACCCUAAGACAAAUACUCAAUCGCCGGGAGCCAUUCAUAAUGUAAUUCUAUUAUGCCCUACUGUAGCUAACAGAGAAGAUAACCCUAUGUUCUGUGAACAUUUAAAAAAGUUUGAGAGCAUUACCAAACCGUCUUUUCACAAAGAUAGUUUACCCCACAAUAUAACACACCACAUUACUACUAGCGGUCCUCUUGUUCACAGCCGUCCUCGUCGUCUGGCACGGGAAAAAAAUUGUGUGACGAAAGCGGAAUUUACCCAAAUAAUGGAACUUGGUAUUAUCCGGCCAUCAAAGAUUAACUAG